AUGGCCAUCCCCGGACCGGGGGCCACGAGCCAGUUUUGGCAGCUCCUGCGCCGUCAUGGCCUGGUGCCGUUAACUUACCCCGUCGAUGUGAUGGAGAGGUGGCGCGAAGUCAACUGUGUUUCCGUAUCCGACAUCCACUACGGAGACUCCGCAGCCCUACGACGAAACUAA